GGUCUCUAGAGUGGUCCAACUGCCUCUUUAGCUAAAAGGGUGGUCCGGCUACACCCGUCGGGGCCUCAAGUAAAUAGUUCGGCCAACCAAAUCACCCAUUUAGGUGCGGCUACCCUUUCACCGGCCUCCACUAAAGUCAACCCAAACCACUCUCUCUCUGUCUCUCUCUCUCUCAUUCUAUUAAUUUUGUCCUGCCAGCACGAUCCGGGCGGCAAUUCCAGAAAAAUAAUUAUUGAACAUCUGGUCCAAUCCAAGAAGCUGCAACUUGCAAUCUGUGCUCGUAUUGGUGGGUAUGGGGCACGUAGCUGUCCAUUUUUAAGGCUCUCUCCCACAUUCUUUUUUGGGGGAACUCAGCUAAAAGCUCAAAAAACAACACCAUCCCUUCUGUCUCACUCUCUCUCUCCCUGAAAACAUCCUUCUGUGGGAAAGUAUGUUCAGAAUUGGACAAAGCAAGAAUGUCUCAAUGUCAAGAACUUUGCUCGCUCAGAGCUUCUACAGGUUAUUGUCAAGCCAGACUGGAAGCAAGCUAGAAGGAAAGGUAGCAUUAAUAACUGGAGCAGCGAGUGGCAUAGGAAAGGCAACUGCAACAAAAUUUAUCAACAAUGGUGCCAAAGUUGUUAUUGCUGACAUCCAACAACAACUUGGCCAAGAAACUGUGGAAGAGCUUGGACCUAAUGCUACUUUUGUCGCCUGUGAUGUCACUAAAGAGUCUGACAUAUCCAAUGCAGUUAAUUUUACCAUCUCUAAGCACAACCAACUUGAUAUCAUGUACAACAAUGCAGGGGUGCCCUGCAAGACUCCCCCAAGCAUCGUGGACCUUGACCUGGCAGUGUUCGAUAAAGUCAUGGACAUCAAUGUCCGGGGAGUCGUGGCUGGGGUCAAACAUGCAUCACGUGUGAUGAUCCCACGUCGAACUGGCUCAAUCCUCUGUACAGCUAGUGUCACUGGACUGAUGGGGGGACUAUCACAGCACACAUAUUCUGUGUCUAAGUCUGCUGUUAUAGGCAUUGUUAAGUCUGUGGCUGCAGAGUUAUGCAAGUAUGGAAUCCGGGUGAAUUGCAUAUCACCAUUUGCCAUUCCAACUCAAUUUGUAAUGGACGAAAUGAGUCAGAUUUAUCCUGGUGUUGAUGAUCAACGGCUUCUGGAAAUGGUUAAUAAUGCUGGUGUCUUGAAGGGAGCCAACUGUGAACCCAACGAUGUAGCUAAUGCUGCACUCUAUCUUGUGUCUGAUGAUGCCAAGUAUGUUAGUGGGCAUAAUUUGGUGGUAGAUGGAGGCUUUUCAUCUUUUAAAAGUUUGGGGUUCCCUGCGCCAGAUGAAGUACACUAAAAGUUUUGUUGUUCAAUUAUACUUUGGGAUGUUAAAAAGUACAAAAGCAAGUUUUGCCAGUAUGAAGAAGGAAAGGAUAUGAAUGUAUCGAUAUCCAUUUUCUUCAUUCUUGAGUGAGUCUGUUUUACAAGUUCAAGCAUUCUACCUUUAGAGUAUAUUUAUUCAUGCCUGGCCUUUGAGGUCACUUUGAAGAGAUGAUUGAAAGUCAAUUCCCUAAAAGCAUGAAGAAAUGGCCAUCAAAAUAUAAAAGGAGAAAUUUGGCAGC